UGAUUGCUCUCUAACGGUUGCAUUGCAAGCUCCAGCUUGAUACUAUUCGAAGGGUGGUUAAAAAAAAAAAAAAGCAAGCAGAAGACGUCCACUCCACUGCGUUUGCCGGCGUCAGCAUCCGUAUGACGUUGCGUCAGGUCUUUCUCGACUUCCGGUCCUGCCGCGGCUAACCCACCGAGGUCCACCACCAUGGAGGUGAACCGGGAUGAGGCGGAACGGUGCAUCGACAUCGCCGCCGCGGCGCUGGGCAGCGAGCAGCCGGACAAGGCGAAGAGGUUCCUGGAGAAGGCCCAGAGGCUCUUCCCCACCGAGAAGGCGAGGGUGCUGCUGGAGCUCAUCACGAAGAAUGGCUUCACGCCCAGACAAGGCGCACACGCGGACCUGAAUGGAGACUCAGGACCUCGACUACGACAGAACCAAAGUGACCGUAGCAGACCCGAAGAGAAACCCGCAGAUACCUCAAAGUCCUACACCGCAGAGCAGGUGGAUGCUGUGCGAAGGAUCAAGCAAUGCAAAGACUUCUACGAGAUCCUUGGCGUGCAGAAGGACGCGUCUGAGGACGAACUCAAAAGAUCUUACCGCAAGCUGGCGUUAAAAUUCCACCCGGAUAAGAAUCACGCUCCCGGUGCCACGGAGGCGUUUAAAGCUAUUGGGAACGCGUACGGCGUGCUGAGCAAUGCCAACAAACGACGACAGUACGACGCGUGCGGCGAGGAGAGGCGGCAUCCUUCCCAACAGGCGGACGCAAACUUUGAUGCGGAUAUUUCCCCCGAGGACCUUUUCAACAUGUUCUUUGGAGGAGGAACCCCGGCGAGCAGUAACCAAGCGCACACAAAUGGGAGGAUGCGUCACCAGAGACCGCCUAGAAGAGAGCGACCGCGAGACGGAGGCCUCGCCCUCUUCGUGCAGGUUAUACCCAUCCUCAUUCUGGUUAUUGUGUCGGCCCUCAGUCAAAUCAUGGUCAAGAGCCCCGCCUACAGCCUCAGCUAUCGCCCGUCGGCGGGCCACACGCAGAAGAGGCUGACGGAGAACCUGAAGGUGGCGUACUACGUGGCUGAGCACUUCUCCAAAGACGUCAGCGACGGGAAUAUGAAGCGCUUGGAGCAGACAGUGGAGGAUGAUUACAUCUCCAACCUGCGCAACAACUGCUGGAAGGAGAAACAGCAAAAGGAAGGCAUGUUGUACCGAGCACGCUAUUUCGGUGACACGGAUCUGUACCAGCGGGCGCAGAGAGCUCGGACGCCGAGCUGCGCCAAGCUGUCCGAGAUCAGCGCCUCCUUUCACGGCUGAGGUCGCGUCGCCUCCCUCCUGUAUCGCGAGCACUGUCCCUUCUAGACCGACCUGCCUGUAAAUAGAUAAGCUUACCCCCCCGAAGACGACAUGCAACAAGACAAAGCGGCUCCCGCUAAACCGGUUUAGAGUGACGAAGCAACGGGAUAUGGGUGAGGAUGAGCGACAAGACAUCAAAUUGUAUUUCAUAAGCCUGCGGCAGCGGACAUCUUUUGAUUUUGGUGUCGAAUCGACGGGCAAAAAGUUCGGGCAUUCGGCUUCGGUUGCCCCUUUGAAGUAACCCUUUGAAUCUAUGCAGAAACAAUGUGAAAAACACAACCACGCCUCGUCCGUAACCUCACAUUCGCCGUCGUUCAUGUCUCGUCCGCAGUACUGUGCAAAAGUCACAGAUCCCCUCGAAGGAUGCGCUCACGUGGGUUGCGGGUGGAUUUUUAAUGGCUCGUAGAUUGUCAAAGUUGUCAAUUAACUCCCUAAUUUAUCCCUAACCCCUAACCCUACCCUUUAACCAGUGGUGGUCCUAGCUUGAAAGGGGCCCUGUCCGAGCCCACCCUUUGGCACCCCACCACCAACGACCCGCACGCACACACUCACACACAUACACACUGUCUCUUUUCGCAACUGUUCGGCAGAAGGCGAUUCUACAAGGGGGUGCAAAUUCCCCAUACAAACGCCAAUGAUUUACAUGUCAUGAUUGCCGAUCGAAAAACCACAUAGAAUGUUUUUUUUUCCACGUGGUCUGGCAUUAACAACAGAGCUGCCUCGCUGAAAGCGACAGCUGGUGGGUUCUCGUAGCAAACAAGCAGCUGUGCCCCAGCGUUUGGAAACAUUUCACCACAAAAUGAGACCAGUAGCUCGGUCACUUGCAAAAUAUGAAAGUCUAUCCUCAAAUAUAAUAAAUGCACUCCCUGUCUGGAAAGGCACAAGCUAACGCUAGGUGACAAACUUGUGACAGAGAAAAUAUACGGAAUAUACUGUUGCGUCUACUUAAAUGAGGACAUGAGGAUCAACAACCUGUUUAUUGUGAAAAUGAAAAAAUGUAAAACAGAAAAAAAAAAACAUCAAACUAGCUUUUCACUCAGCGCUUUAGAAAUUUACUGUCGCUGAGAAGAAGGUAAUUUUAAAAAAAACACAAUACUUCCUUGUUUAUAGUGUGUUUUCAAGUAUUAUUUCGGUUGAGAAAAAACAAAAAAACUAUUAUCAAUCACACUUGAAACUGUUGCCACCAUGUUUUUACUGUACGUGCGAUACGGGGGAGGGGGGGGGGAAAGUACAAUAAAAAGUGGAAAUGCUCAACAACGACGUGGCCGCUUUGUGUUUCGGAGCUGAACAAACAGACUUAAAGCAAAGCGCCCGGUCAGCACUUUUUCAAGGCCGCAGCUGGGAAUAGCGGCCCCCGCACGUGCACGUUACUGGGCCGACGUGCAGCAUGUGCUUGGCAGGAAGUGCAGUGUCAUGUUCGCAAAAAGGCCUUCCUCCUUUUUUUUUUUUUAGUGUGUGUGUCGCCGGGCAGACUUUAUCAACCUCCCGUCUCUGAUCGCAGAACCUGUCCAAUUCAUGCAAAAUUACACUUUUGAUUUAUGUUUUUUUCCACUUUGUAGAUGCAUGCGACAGGUGGCCAUACUUUGGGUGAAGCUCAUUGGCCAUUUUCAUUAGGGACACCUGCACAAGCUAAUGACUGCAUUGUAUCAAUUUACGAGCCGUAUCUAAUAUUUUUACCAUUACCAUAAUUUGGGGGUUUUACUUCAUAAUAAUAUAACGAAUAUAUACAUUUAUUGAGUAAACAGACUAAACAAGUUUAUUCAAUUUUCUGUAUUUCUAAAUAAAUGUAUUUAUAGAUUUAUGCUAUUAUGAAGUACGCAAAAACAAACACAAAAUUAUGUUUUUUUGAAAUAUUUCAUUUUUUUAAUAUUUUGAUUGAGCUGUAAAGGAAUUGCUUUGAAAAAAACAUGUUUCAAUUUAUUAGAAUUUUUGUCAU